AUGUCGCAAAAGCAAUAUGCUACUUACAACGAUGUCCACAAUCUCUGCAAGAACUCGGCAGAAGGACCUCUCAAGUCCUUCGACAUCAACCUUAUAAUCGCCAUUGGUGGUGGUGGUUACAUCCCUGCUCGCAUCCUCCGGUCCUUCCUCAAGGCUCCGGGUGGACCUAACAUCCCUAUUCAGGCCAUCGGUCUGUCCCUCUACGAGCGCUUGGGCACAGACAGCGUCGAGGAGGUCCCCGGUACCAAGGUCACCCGCUUGCAAUGGCUCGACAUGAACUCCUCGAUGGCCAACUUGAUUGGCAAGAACGUUCUUAUCGUUGACGAGGUUGAUGAUACCCGCACAACCCUACAAUACGCUGUGAAGGAACUCGAGGACGAUGUUAAGGAAGCCCAGAAGCAGCUCGCUGCUGAUGACGAAAAGAAGAACUUGAAGACUAACUUCUUUGUCUUCGUUCUGCACAACAAGGACAAGCCCAAGAAGGGUGAACUGCCCACAGAUAUGACGGAAAACGACCAGCGUUACCACGCCGCGGUCACCACUGGGGAUGUCUGGAUCUGCUACCCUUGGGAGGCUGAAAACAUCGAGGAGCACGAUACUCUGGCCAAGCAAAGCCCUAUCGUCGAUAUUUCGGGCAAGAACCCUAUCGCCAAAUAA